GCUUCGACGGCGCGGAGCAUCCACGCAGUCUCCGGAUCCAUGACAUUGCAGGCUUGUGAGAACUUGUGGCGUGUCAAUGCGCUCAGAGCUUCUGCGCAGGCCUGUGGGCAUGAAGGCGAGCGCAAGAGGGGCUUCGCUCCGCCUUAUCAGUACAAGGCCCCGCAGCCUUCCUCCGCUUUACGGUCUGCUAGCACUGCGCAAAGCGCGGCCUCUGAGUGCGAGUUGCCAGCGAAGCCGGCGCAGGGUGGAACUGCGCUUAGGAGGUGUCAGAAGUGCUGGACAGCUUUUCGACAAGCCUGUGUCAUGGAUGCCGAGCUAGUGAAUCGCAUGGAGCUCCGUGCGAGCCUGCGCGCGCGGGCCCUGCGGAGCAGAUCCUAG